UUCAGAUAUUAUUGAUGUAAUCGUUUUAAUUUUGCUUGGCAAUCUUUAUGCUUGGAUUUUUCUUUUCCCCUUCUUUUCAUAGCCAUACAUCUUUUGGAUCUUGAAGAAGAAAGUAAAUUCAUUUAUGCUAGUGGUCAUACUUCCUCUAAGAAGUUGUUUUAAAUAUUAAAGAUAAACAGCUCCAUUAUGAGUCUCAAAUUUGACAAUUUUACAGUGAUUGAACGGCGAUCUAGCUCCUAGUAGCUAUAGGCUAAGCUGGUUAUUUCAUGAUUACUUCAACCUCUCCCUAUGCCAAACUGAGGGGCAUGCCCAUCGGAAAAUUUACCCAACUUAAGGCAAUGUUUAGUCCUAUUUUAUUCUUCAAAACAGGUCUAAUACAAACUUGCAAAAGAUGGGUCUCAUAUAAUCCUUUUAUAUCAUCCACUAUGUCAUAGUAAACUUCAUAUCUGAAAUAUUCCUGACAAUAGCAUUUGGUGUAUUAACACUAACUUGAUAUUAAUCAGAGAGCUGGUGGCUGUCCUUCCUAUCCAAGUUUUGCCUUGAAUAUAUAGAAUCACAGCUUCAUGAGAAGUUUAUAUUUCCCAAUGAGAAUAACACUCCAAGUAUUCUUGCGUUUGUCUUGGUUUCCCAGCCUAUCAUCAAGCUCUAAUCUUUCUGUGCUUCUUUGCCUUGCUUCUUCAGUCAUACUCUUGUACACGUGACAAAAGUCUAUCGGUUCCCAUGAUCUUCCUAAUCCUCAUAUAAUUUGACUUCUU